AGCAGGCUUCAGACCGGAAGUGGUCGUCUACCGUCCCCCCUCGUGCCACUAGACGCGUUGUCGACAAUACUGACUCAUGUGCAGUCGUAUUGUGGGAUACAGAUUUUGCAGUGUCAUCAUCAAGUCUGUCUCGUCAUCUCUAGUUGUUUCGCCAUCGGUAUCGACACACGUCUUUACCAAACGCACAAUGGCACUAAGCGCUGUCCGCCUAUCUUGGAAAAUUGCAGCCGCUGACAUUCCUGAUUUAGUCGAUGGGCUCAUCGGGAGAACUAAGGCUGUUUAUGACGCUGUUGGCGCUCUCACGCACAACCAAGUCAACUACGAAAAUGUAGUGAAGGCCCUGGCUGAUGUUGAGUGUGACUACUCAGUCCAACGCAACAAUCUGGACUUCCUGCAACAGGUGGCACCAGAUAAGGAACUACGAGAUGCUAGCUGUGCUGCAGAUAAAAAGCUAUCCGAGUUUGAUGUCGAGAUCAGCAUGCGUCAGGAUGUCUUUGAUGCCAUUGUUGCAUUUGACAAACAGAAUAAGGCUGAGCUAAGCCCUGAAGCAGCCCGCUUUGUAGAGCGACUCAUAAAGCUAGGAAAACGAAAUGGUCUACACUUGCCAAAGAAUACAAACAAGGUCAAGGAAUUGAAGAAGCGGAUGAGUGACCUGUCCAUUGAUUACAGCAAAAACCUCAAUGAAGAAAAAACAGUGCUGGAGUUUACAGAAGAAGAAUUAGCUGGGGCUCCUGAGGAUUUCAUUAAAAGCCUGGAAAGAACUGAGCUGGGCAAAUGCAAGGUUACCCUCAAGUACCCACACUACUUUCCCUGUAUGAAGAAAGUAUGCAAUCCUAACACAAGAAAAACGAUGGAGACAGCAUUUAAUUCAAGGUGCCUCAAAGAAAACACAGCAAUUUUGGAAGAGCUGGUCAAACUGCGGCACCAAAAAGCACAGCUGCUUGGGUUUCCAACACAUGCAGCUUACAUCCUGGACAUGCGUAUGGCAAAGACUCCUGAGGCUGUGGCCACUUUCUUGUCAGACCUUGCAACCAGGCUCAAGCCACUCCAGCAAGAAGAAUUCUCUCUCUUUCUGCAGUAUAAAAAAGAGGAGUGUGAAAAACGUGGCUUUGAGUAUGAUGGCAAGGUAAACAUGUGGGACUUCCGCUACUGCAUGUCUUUGCUGGAGGAACGUAAAUACUCAGUGGACCACAAUGCUCUAAAAGAAUACUUUCCAAUGGAGGUGGUAACCAAAGGACUCCUUGAUAUCUACCAGGAGUUACUGGGACUGACAUUUAUGGAAGUCAAAGAUGCUGAAGUAUGGUAUGAAGAUGUUACAUUGUAUGAAGUGAAAGAUGCCAAAUCUGGCCAGUUGCUGGGGUAUUUUUACUUGGACUUGUAUCCCCGGGAGGGCAAAUAUGGCCAUGCUGCAUGCUUUGGUUUACAGCCUGGCUGUUUACUUCCAGAUGGUACACGGCAGGUUGCUGUUGCUGCUAUGGUAGCCAACUUCACAAAAGCCACAGCUGAUCAGCCAUCACUGCUGACACAUGACGAGGUAGAAACUUACUUUCAUGAAUUUGGCCAUGUGAUGCAUCAGAUAUGUGCCCAGGCAAAGUUUUCCCUGUUUAGUGGAACACAUGUUGAGAGAGACUUUGUAGAAGCACCAUCCCAGAUGCUAGAGAACUGGGUGUGGGAGAAGGAGCCCUUGUCUCGAAUGUCUGCUCACUACCAGACUGGUGCACCCAUACCCGAUGACCUCCUCCAGUGUCUGAUAAGCAGCCGCAUUGCCAAUGCUGGCGCCUUUAACCUUCGUCAGAUUGUGCUGGCGACCUUUGACCAGACCAUCCACACUCAGCCAGAGGCAGACACAGCCAAAGUCAUGUCAGAGAUGUCUGAGAAGAUUCUAGGAAUACCAUCAACUCCUGGAACCAACAUGGCUGCAGCCUUUGGCCAUAUGGCUGGUGGCUAUGAUGCCCAGUACUAUGGCUAUCUGUGGAGUGAGGUGUUCUGCAUGGAUAUGUUCUACACUCGUUUCCGCAGUGAGGGUAUCAUGAAUUCUGCCGUUGGGGCUGAUUAUCGGCGUUUCAUCCUGGAACCUGGUGGAUCUUUGGAUGGGGAUGUUAUGCUGCGAAAUUUCCUGGGACGAGACCCCAAACCUGAUGCGUUCCUCAUCAGCAAGGGACUUAAGCCAGAUCCUUGAUUAUGCUCCUUUAGUGAUGUUACCCUUUCAAUUAUGCACAUGUGUAGUAACCAGGACAAUGCACAAUAGUUUUUUUAUUCAGUUGUGAAGAAUGUAGCAGCAAGGUUUUUAACCUUGUUGUGCUAACAUGAGUGCUGUUAAAAGAGAAAAGUAAUCUGGUCGUUGUGACUUACCAGGGGCAUUUUUCAGGUGAGCAUAUAGACGGACUUCUAAAACACGUUUCAUGAAGUGACAGCAAGCAUUUCUUAAAGCUGCAUUAUGUAUCUUAAUUCAAAUUAUCCCAUUAAAAUAAAUAAAUUUAUUGGAUAGGAGUUUGUAGAUUUCCAGAAUGUUCAUUGGCAGCUGGUCAUUUGAAGGAUUGGAGUGGAAAAAUGAGACUUGGCAGCUUAUUUUUGAACACAGUACAUUUUAUCAUGGUGAAGAUAGUACGGACAUUUUUGGCUAGGGUUUUUUUUUAAGAAGACAUUAUCAUACAGGGUCCUCUAAAGUGAUUAAGAAAAUAUGCAAAAUUGUGUGGAAUUAAUUUUUAUGGCUUGUUUUGGCAUGCUUCUAGCAGUCACACCAUCUAUUUCAAUUACACUUUUCUCACUUGAUGUGGUUUUUUGUGACUUGUCUGCAUCACUACCUAAACUAAUUGGCCUUUUCCACUAGGUAAAGGUUUAUCAUGGAUGAUGUCUAGUACAGUAAAACCUUGAUACAUUCCUGACCAGCAGACUCCUGCCAUGUCAGGGCACUUUUGAUCCACACAGAGCAGCUUUCAACACAAAUAAGCAGGCACCUGCUAACUGCAGGGAUUUUAGGAACAAAGGUCAUUAUUUUCUUGCCACAAAUAUAGUUUUUGCUUUGGUUUCUUGGCAGUGCAACAUUGUCAAAUAAACAGUGCAUAACUAUUGGUGUACAUUGCUUGGUAACCUGAAGGUAAGCACCCUUUUUUUUUCAGUUCUUGUACACACCUGAAUCUGUCAGAAGUAUCCAUUUGCAGCAACUUCUUGGUUUCCAAAUGUGCUAGAAAGUGGCCAUUUUACAAAAGAAAGCAAAGUUUAGAGAGUCUUCUUCUGGAAGCAUGAUAAUUGUUAACAUUUGAGCAUCAUUGGAUGUGUUCUGAUGAAGUCAUUAUGUGCAGGUGCAUGUGCACCAUACAUUAUCAUAGCCCAAAACACCACCAUCAUUCCUUCAUCUGUGAUGCAAAUUACCAUGAAGAACUCCUCGGCCAGUUUCUAUCAGUCUAACUGCUAUGCUAAUGUUCUUAAAAGUGAGAUGCUGGAUUCCUACAAACAUUUUCCUAAAGUUUGUUUUGACAUUUAUUGACAUCAAAAGUAAUACAAACUGAUCUGAGGCUUGUGGUCAUUUCAGUACUGAGUGUGAUAUUAUGCAAGACGAUGGAAAUAAAGUUGCAAGUCAUUCCA